CGAAUUCGAUAGAAUAUGUUCGACAACUGGCAUCCAAUAUUGGUUUUGGCUUCUUUAAGUCAGUUAAUAUGGGCUCAAGAACCUCUAAUUUUCUCAUCUUCAAAUAACCCAUUAGACAUUGGGGGAGCACCAGGGGCGCGACCGCUUGCUUCCGCCAGUUCUAACUUGGUCCUCGUCAACAAUGUAAGAAUACCAGGGUCAAUUACACCAUUCGUACCCGCUCCGCCGCCAACACAAGAAUUUCUCAACUGCUUCGGAAGCUGCCCUACGACAUCGCAGUACAAUCCCAUUUGUGGGAGCAAUAUGCAGCUCUAUAUGAACGAGCAGAAGUUUAACUGCGCUCGCUUCUGCGGUGCUGAUAUUCAAAUAGUUCGUCGAGGCAGUUGCGAGGGUCUUUUUACGAUGACGCGAGGCUGACGUUCUUUAGUGAAGAGAAUUUUAUCUCAAGCCAAAAUUUGUUUCCUCUGGUACCGCUUUCAUAAAACUUUGAUAAGAGCUGGCAAACUGUAUACAGAAGCCAUAUUAAUACUAUUACUAAUGCACCCAUAAGUAUAUAAAAUAAUAUAUGUACAUACUUGCUUUUGAAAAACAUUCCUGAUAAGAACCUGG